UUCCCAAAAGUUGUUGUAGAUUCUCACCAGAUGCAAAAAAGUUGGUGUCAUCAGCAAAUAAGAUGGAUUUGAGUAAUUUUGAUAUUUUGCAAAUGUCGUUGAUGUAUAUGAUGAAUAGUUUUGGUCCUAGUACUGAUCCUUGUGGUACACCGCAAACAAUGUCCAACCAUCUAGACUGGCUGCCACCCAUCUUCACGAACUGCCUCCUGUUGUUUAGGUAACUGCUGAACCACUUUAUUGCAAUACCUCUGAUUCCAUAUUGAUCUAGUUCUUUAAUUAAAAUUUCGUGAUUUAUUGUGUCGAAUGCUUUCUUUAAAUCAAUGAAUACCCCAACCACAAAUUUCUUUUUGUCUGUGGCGUUGGUGAUUUCUUCUAUUAGUUCAAUUAAUGCUAAUUAUGUCAUCAUGACUAUCAACUUGAACUUGUAUUAUUUACCACUAGUAGCCAGAUUACACUGAAGAACUGCUGAUCACCAGAUUCUGUCACCUUGGUGUGCAACGCCAUCUCAAUUAUCCGAGUCCGAGACAAGACCACAAAAAAUACCGGUCUCAAGAACUACAAGUCUAUGAGGAACCCCUGGAAACUGAAUCCUUGAAUUUGAUGAGUUGUUUAUAGGGAGACAGUCUUGUCUGGUGGAGGUGUAACUAUCAUGUUCAUUAAAGGUUCUUCUAGCUGUUGUUUUGGGUCUGGGCGUUCUGGCAAGCAGCUUUAUACCCGACCUUUGUGUCAGAAGUCUUAUCUCAGUCUCUUAUCUCAGUCUCUUAUCUCAGUCUCGCCAAGAUAAGUGCGACCACGUCAUCUUAGAUUGGACCAGUACUUUCUCACUUAUUGACCGGAGGCGCUCUGCAGAGGAGCAGCGGGAAGAGACGACUGGGUAACUCUCCAACCGGCCACUCUUCAACCGGGCCGUACACCUCAGAACCAACACUAUUAUCAUUCUACCGGUCCAGUGAUCAGAGGUCCAACUGUCUCAGCACAGUUAUCGAGGGUUGGAGACAUGGCUUUGAAUAACAUGUCAAUGGCGGCUUUGGGUCGAAGCUUCACCCUUGGGAUGCUUUAUGAUGCUCGCAGAGAUGAACUGAUUCCAGGUUUCACACUGUGGGAUCUUAAAACCAUCCGGGAGCACACAGACGAGAUCUUCCAGCACAGCAGUGCGUUUGAAGUUUCUGCAUCCGACUCCACUGAAUCCAAGUCUUCUCUGCUGGAUAUCGACGCCUCCCUGGAAGCUAGUUUCCUAUGUGGGAUGGUAAAGGUUGGAGGGUCUGCAAAGUAUCUGAAUGACCAGAAAAAGUUUGCCAAACAGAGCAGAGUGACAUUUCAGUAUAAAGCAACCACCCACUUCAAACAGCUGGUCCUGACUAAUAUGGGGAACCUGAAUGAACGUCAGAUUGGUGAAGUUAAGCAGUUGUCUGCCACACAUGUUGUCGUCGGCAUCCUUUAUGGGGCAAAUGCCUUCUUUGUCUUUGACAGUGAGAAGUUGGACUCCAGAAGUGUGCAGAACGUCCGAGGCAACAUGCAUGCGGUAAUAAAGAAGAUCCCUUCGUUUAAUGUUGAUGGAAGAGUUGAAAUCAGUCUGACGGAUCAAGAAAAAGCCAUGACCGACAAGUUCUCCUGUAAAUUUCACGGAGACUUUAUUCUGAAAAGCAACCCUUCAACAUUUGAAGCUGCAGUGAAGACCUAUGUAGAGCUGCCGAAGCUGCUGGGGGAGAAGGGAGAAAACAGCGUUCCAAUGAAGGUCUGGCUGAUGCCGCUGAAGAAACUGAACCCCAGCGUUUCUGGGGUGAAGAGUGAGGUCAGUGAUGGACUCGUGAAGAACGUCCACGACGCCCUGGAAAGACUCAGGCAGAUGGAGACGAGAUGCAACGACUGUCUGGCUGACGAAGUGGCAGAGAUGUUUCCUCAAUUUGGAGAAGCAUUCAGAGGUUUACAAAACUCGUGUAGUCGUUACAGGUCUAAUAUACAAAAGAUUGUGAAGGAGAAGCUUCCCUCCAUCCGUGAAGGUGCAGAAGAUGAGAGCUCACUCAAUCAGCUUUUUGAGGACCAAGACAAGUUGCCGUUCAGCCACGAAGAACUCAGCAAAUGGCUGGACAGGAAGGAGAGAGAAGUCAACGUCAUCAGGUCGUGUGUUGAGAUCAUGGAGGGAAUAAAGGUUGUUUCCAGUCGGUCAGAGUUGGACAGAGAAGUCCUCGAUGCAGAUGUCAAUCACACUCUGUGCUUUGUAUUCACCUCUCUGGAGGGUCCUGAUCCGCACCGCGAUGCACCGUCCAUAAACACGGACUCACCUAAUCAAAGGAGAGUCGAUGAAAAGCCGUGGUGCUACAACGAUGAUGUUGUGACCGAGAUGAGAGAGAAAGCCAAAGCUUUCCGUUACAUUGCUGCACUAAACCAGGACAGGAGGAAACUGCGUUGCCUUGUAGCUGCUGUUGAAAAUGAGAAAUUCCCCGGGGCGACCAUCUACCAGUACAAAGACAUCAAACUGGCCACUGAAAACUAUCCAGAGACAAUCCAUCAUUCGCAAACUGUCGAUAGAAGAGAUUUGCUGUGGUGGACCUGUCACCUCACUGUCGACAUGGACAUCAUAAACAAGUACCGCUUUCUCUCCGAGGGAAACAAAAAGGUGACGCAUGGAAGCGGACAGGGGUAUCCUGACAAACCAAUGAGGGUUACAGAGCCACAGUUCCUGUGCAGAGAGGGGUUAACCGAGUGCAAGUACUGGGAGGUGGAAUUUGGUGAUUCAUUAAGGACCAGGCUGGACAUGACUAAAAAUGAAGUGAGAAAGUAUUCACCCAAGAUUGCAGAUUCUUUAUCCAAAUUCCUGUCAAUGUCAUUAUUAUUCAGUUUUGUCUGGAAACCAAGCGGUUUUCUUGUUGACAAUUCCGCUUUGUCCAUCUACAAUAUCUCUGGGGACAAACUGAGUAUCUGGUUCCAAUGGCCCCUGAUUCCUGGACCUGUUUAACCAGCCUUUGUGGUUAAAACGCCCGGAGAUUAUGUAGACCUGAAUCCUGCUGAUUAGAGUUCUGGGAGCCUUCCUGCGACUAUCAACAUUCGCUGUCCACAGUCGUCAUUCAUACUGUAGAACAACAAGGAAGAAGAUGCAACAUUGAACACAUUAAAGCUAAAUAACACAGUACAUAUGUUCUUUAUCUGAUAAAGGGAAAGAUGGAGAUGCAAACAGAUACUCCACAGUUAAAUGGUUUAAGUCUCUUCUAGUAUAAUAUAUGGCUCCAUGUUUUAAGAACAGAGGUCAGCCUCCACUGCCCGGGUUUUCACCAGAACUAAGAAAGUGGACCACAUCCUUCAGGUUCUGAGGUCUUCACACUGGCUCCCUGCACCUCAGAGAAUAGACCUUAAAUAAAAUACUUAUGUUCCUUUAUAAAUCACUGAAUGGUUUCGGACCAAAAUACAUCAGAGACAUCUCGUUGGUGCCAUAGCAACCAUCCAGACCUCUCAGUUCUUCUUGUUCAGGUCCGCUCUGUGUUCCCAGAACCAGAACCAGCAUUCAGCUUCUAUUCUCCACAGAUCCGGAAGAAACUUCCAGAAGACUUCCUUUAAAUCAAGGUUAAAAACUUGUUUCCAGCUGCCUUUGACUUGAUUAUUAAACAAUCUGAAUUUAGAUUUAAACAGUUCAUUUCAGCACUAAUCUGUAACUCCAGCUUGAGCCUACCUUUUCUUCAUUAUAACACUGCACUGUAGGUUCUUAGGUUUUAUUAUUUAAAUCACCUUGUUGCUGAAAUGUGCUACAUAUAAACUUGGUUUCCAACAUUUGCUUUGAUAUCUAUUGCUACACGAUUAUAACAGCUAAUCUACCGUAAGUGUUUUACCCAGAACCCGUCUAUGCACAGAAUAAUGAUUCAUCUGGCAAAUUAUGAUACGUUUUACACGUUGGCCAUGGUUGGGCUAAUUAGUUAUGCAAUAAUAUUGUACACUAUUCUUGUAUCCCAUGAUUUUAAAGUAUACUUUUCAACAAUAAAAUAGACCAGGUAUC